AUGUACAUGUAUCUCCCUAUUUUCCACAAGUGCAGCCUCGCCACAUCGCAGCUCAUUCCUUUUCAAAUCAAUUCAAAUCUGAACGAAGCGAUGGCAGACGACAAUGACUUUUUGAAGUCUGGCAUCAAAAAGUUCAAAGUCGAGGACGGUGUCGAAGACAUGACCAUGGUCGACGACAUUGACGAAGAAGGCAUCAAGGUGAACCUGGAUGUGCGGUUCAAGCGGGACCAGAUCUACACGUACACGGGCACCAUCCUGGUCGCCGUGAAUCCGUUCAAGAGCAUUCCUGGGAUUUACGAGCAAGACCGCGUUCGCGAGUACACUUCGCAGCGCAUGGGCGCCCUCCCGCCCCACAUCUACGCCACCGCAGAAGCCACCUACGACAACAUUCGCAACUCAAACCAGAACCAGUCCGUCAUCAUCUCUGGCGAGUCUGGCGCCGGCAAGACCGAAAACACAAAGCUGAUCCUUCAGUACCUGACCGCCGUCACUUCCAACCCCAAGUGGAUUGAGCAGCAGAUCAUGGAGGCCAACACCAUCCUCGAAGCAUUUGGUAACGCAAAGACCGUGCGCAACAACAACUCGUCGCGCUUUGGCAAGUUUACGCAAGUCUGCUUUGAUCGCGAAAUCAACAUCACGGGCUGCAUCAUUCAGGACUACCUGCUGGAGCAGUCGCGCGUCAUCAACCAGGCGACCGACGAGCGCAACUACCACGUGUUUUACCAGUUGUGCGCGGGCGCCAAGGCCAACAAGGAGAUUCGCGAAAAGUACCAUGUGGAGGAUCCGAGCAAGUACAACUACCUCAACAAGAGCGGCUGCAUUGACAUUCCCGGCAUGGACGACAAGAAGGACUUUGACCACCUGCGACUGGCCAUGACGGUGCUCAACAUCAACCCGCAGCAGCAGGACGCCGUCUUUAACAUUCUGUCGUCCAUCCUCUGGAUGGGCCAGCUCGAGUUUGCCGAUUUGGACGGCGAGACCAUCACCUUCACGUCCAAGGACAACGAACUCAUCGCGCGCUUGAGCCAUCUCCUCAAGGUGGACGAGGCCUCCAUGAAGAAGGCCCUCUCCUUCCGCCAACUUGCAGUCCGCGGCACCGUCACCGACAUUCCGCUCCGCUUGUCCCAGGCGCACGACAACCGUGGCGCCAUGGCCAAGGCGCUGUACUCUCGUCUGUUCACGCUGCUCAUCCACCACAUUAACGCGUGCACCAACCCUGGCUCAAAGUCGAAAAAGUUUGUCGGUGUCCUGGAUAUUUUCGGCUUUGAAAACUUUGAAAUCAACUCGUUCGAGCAGUUGUGCAUCAACUACACCAACGAGAAACUGCACAAGUUCUUCAACAACUACUGCUUCUCGCUGGAGCAGCAAGAGUACCAGGAGGAAGGCAUCGAGUUUGCGCACAUCAACUGGACGGACAACCAGUCCGUCCUCGACCUCAUUGACAAGCCGCCGAACGCCAUUCUCAAGUACCUGGACGACGAGUGCAAGUUCCCCAAGGGCAGCGACGAAACGUACCUCGAGAAGCAGCACGCGGCUCUUGAAAAGAUUCCCGGCUACACCAAGCCCACCGACAAGCGCCUCGUCAAGCUGCGCUUUGGUGUCACCCACUUUGCCGGUGAUGUCUUUUACACGGUGACCAACUUUUUGGAGAAGAACAAGGACAUUCAGCAGGACAUUCUCUUUGACGCCAUGAGCCGCUCUGGCGACGACCUCGUCAAGGAGCUCUGCAAGUACAAGGACAUGGCGGAAGGCGCUGGCAACAUUGGCGUGAGCGAAAAGAAGGUCGAGGAGGAACGCGGCAAGGCCAAGGGCAUUGCGACCGUCAGCUCCGUGUUCAAGGACCAGCUCAACAGCCUGGUGGCAGUGUUGAGCACGACGAUGCCGUGGUACGUGCGAUGCAUCAAGCCAAACUCGGUCAAGAAGCCCAACAUUUUCGACGGCCAGAUGGUGCUGACGCAGCUCCGUUACUCUGGCAUGCUCGACAUCAUCCGCAUUCGCAAGAUUGGCUUCCCCGUCAAGAUUAAGGCGCACGACUUUUUGCAAAAGUACCGCUGUCUCGCUCCCCGCGAGCUCGCCAUGGGUGACGAUGAGCAAGCUGCUUGCCGGGCCAUUAUGGAGCUGCUCCGCCUGCCCACCACCGAAUGGCAGGUCGGCAAAACCAAGCUCUUCUUCCGCCAGCGCGUCUUUGAUCCGCUGGAGGACCUGCGCCGUAGGCUGCUCGCGCGCAUGGCCGUGACCGUGCAAAAGAUUUGGCGCGGUUGGUACCAGUACAACGAGUACCAAACGCUCCGUCGGGCAGCGAUUGUCUUCCAGUCGCGCUUCCGCCAGUACCUCGAGCGUCACAACUUUAAAAAGAAGAUUGCCUCUGCGAUUGUGCUGCAAAAGUACGUGCGUGGCUGGUUUGCACGCGAUUUGCUGCGUGCGCUCAAAAAGCAAAAGCGCGAGCGAGAAAAGAAGGAGGCCCGCGAGCGCAAGGCUGCCGAGGCUGAGGCCAAGCGAAAGCGUCUGGAGGAGAAGCGCAAGAAGCGAGCUGACAAGUCUUCCAAAAAGGGCAAAGGCGAUGCCGAAGACGACGAGGACGCCGAAGAGGACGAGGAAGAAGACGAGGAAGAAGAAGCUGAAGCGGCUGAAUCUUCCUCCUCCUCCAGCAGCUCGGAUGACGAUGACGACGACGAUGAUGACGACGAUGACGAUGACGACGAGCUUGCCGAUCACUCGGACGACGAUGCCAAGACCAAAAAGAAGAAGGCUGGCAAACGCCAGCGUCGCAACACUCGCCGUGCUCGUGCCAAGUCCAUCAAGGGCAAGCCUUCCAAGAAGGGCAACGCCACCAGCGAUCUGGCCGCGCUCAGCAGCCUGCUGGUCGACGCUGUCAAAGAUCCUGCCCGCAAGAAGGCCGACAAGGAACGCCGCGAUCGUCGCCUGACCAAGCGCCUGACCGAGCACAACAUGAACGUCGACACCGCUCCUGCGGACGCUUCGCUCAUGUCGUACGCCUUCAAACACAUCAACAUGCAUGACAAGAUGCGCAAGGCGCAUUUCGCCUCCCUGUCCACCUCCAAGGUCGGCUCGAUGACGGCCGAGGAGAUGUGCACCUUCCAAAACGUGCAGACCGUCUCCACCUCGUUCGUCAAGAUGGAGGACCAGCAAAGCAUUGCCUUUGCCGUCGCCAUGUACAAGGAGGUCUACCGCUAUGUCAAGAAUGGCGCGAGCAAGAAGGACGAGUACCCGCUCGUGCGUGCCAUGAUCCAGAAGGCCAUCGAAAAGCCGGAAAUCCGCGAUGAGCUCUUCUUCCAGCUGGUGCAGCUCUCCAACCAGAAUGAAAACCAAGACCAGGUUGACCGUGCCUACACGCUGAUGGCGUUUACGGCGUCUGCUGUGGCCCCGUCCAACUCGCUGUACCGCGACUUUGUGGCACAUGUUGAUCAGCAUGCCUCCAAGUUCAAGAACAAGGACAGCGGCAAGCUUGCCGCGUACGUCUCCAAGUCAGUCAAGGCGGUCAAGCUCAACGGUGUUCGCAAGUUUGCCCCGUCUUCGCUGGAGUGCGAUCACAUCCGCACCCAGCAGGCCAUCAACUGCACCUUUACGUGCGUGGACGGCUCCAUUCACAUCAUCCCCGUCAAGCUCGUGGCUACGGUGGGUGAGGCGCUCGAAAUAGCGUGCGUUCGCAUCGGCCUGGACGCUGCCGAAGGCUUUGCCCUGUUCGAGUCCAUUCCCGACCGCGAGCCGCGCGUGGUUCGUGGUGUCGAGUACUUUGGCGACAUUCUUGCCGAGUGGGAAACGGCCAAGCGCACGUCCAUUUCGGAUCCCAACCCGAGCGGUGUGGGAGGUGCUAUUUCUGUCGCUGCGCCCUCGAUUGCCAUCACUGGCCUGGCGUACGACAGUGCGGGUGGCAUCAUUUCUGCUGAGGAUGCUCAGAUCUCUGCAGCCAAUGCUGCUGCUGAAGCUGCCAAGUCCAAGAACAAUGCAAAAGGCACUGUGCGUGACAAGAAGCGCAAGUCGGAGCCCAAGGAAACCGAAGACCUGAUUGGCGAAAAGCGCAAGACGGCCGUGUUUACCAACACCUACAACAACCUGCGCGUUCCAGCAGUGCCGGUGCCCGUUGUUGAGCCGGCCAUCCUGGUCGACAGCAAGAAGCCUCUGCUCAAAUCGGCCAGCUUUGUCGAGCCCAAGCCAAAGAAGGGCGCGAAAGCCAAGGCCAAAGAAGCAGCCGAGCCCGCGCCCAGCCCCACUGCGGCCCUGAUUCCCGUCGUCGGUUGCAGCGACGCUCGCUUGGUCAUCCGUCGCCGCACGCUGAUCUACAAGGAACCGCCGCCGAACGACGUUGAGGCACGUCUGCUGUUUGCGCAGAUGGUUCAAGCCGUCACGCGCGACGAACUGCCCUACCUGCUGGAAGACGCCCUCCGACUUGCAGGCCUCGAGGCCCAGGCUCUGUACGGCAACUUUGACGCUGCCCAGGCCAAGACGCGCUUCGCCUUCCCCGAGCUGUUCUUCUCAAAGUUCCUUCUGGACAACAACGGUCUCGAGUACAAGCGCACCCGGGACGAAUGGUCGACCGAGGCCAGCAAGGCGCACCAGAUCCAUGGCGAAAACCUCACGCAACUGCAAGCCCUCCACGAGUACCUCAAGAUUGUGAUGAAGCAUCCCAUGUUCGGCACCACCUUCUAUCACGUCACCUACAAUGGAUUCUGGUCACACCCGACGCGCAUUGGUCUGCUGGUCGGUCUCGAUGGUCUCAAGUUCUUCAACCUGAAUUCCAAGGCGGUCUUUAUGACGCUGGACUACGACAAGAUUCAGGCGCUCGAGAUUGACAAUGAGACUUGCGUUGUUUCGCUGACGCUGAAGGAAGCCAGUGAUGGUGUCGCCGAGCAAAAUCAGUACAGCUUCCUGUCCAAGCAACGAGAGGAUAUUGCGCUUCUGAUUGGCUCGUACUCGCCGUCGCACCGCUCGUUUGUGCAAAAGGAGGCCAAGGCGAACGAAACUGUCGCGACCCAAGCCGAGAUUCUCAAGGCACGCCUCGAGCUCCGCGAUGCGCAAGCCAAGUUGGAGACCAGCGGUGUCAUUACCUUCAAGGAGGCUGUCGAUCCGAAACUGCCGGCGGACGCGUCCAAGACGGGCACCGUGUCUGCUAAAAAGGAAAAGGACUACAGCAAGGGCACGCUCGGCUCCAAGGUGGGCGGCAUUUUCUCGCGCAAGAGUGGCAGCACUUCGCUCGACCGCUUGGACAAAAUCGAGAAGGAGGUUGCGGCUGCCAUCGUGAACGCCGGCGACAGCAAGAACAAGACCGCGCUUCGCAGCAGCGCUGCCAAGGUCACGUACAACAACAUGGUGAACGCCGACAACAUCAAGGACAAGGGCUGGUGGGCCUUCCAGAAGACGCCCCUCCUGCAGGCCAUGACCAAUCUCGUGCCGACCGACGGCGAGGAUGGCGAUGUUGCCUUCAAGCUGUUCAACUCCAUUCUCAUCUACCAAGGCCUCGCCACCUCUGGCGGCCUGGCAUUCGACUCGAACGACUCGACGGCACUGCUUCAGUUGAUGAUGACGCGCGCCCUGGAAAACCAGGGCAUUUGCUGCGAAAUGUACCUGCAACUGCUCAAGCAGACCACCAACAACCCCCAGCCGCACUCCAAGUCCCACUUGCAAGCCUGGCGCAUCCUAACGCUUGCCUGCAGCGUCGUCGCGCCUCGCGUCGACGUUGUGCUGGAGUUUGUUCGUGCUCAUCUGAAGCUGCACUCCGAGUACGGCAACACCGAGUAUGGCAAGUAUGCCCAGUACGCUCGCAAGCAGCUCGCGCGCACGCUGACCAAGACUCGCCGCGCGUAUGCUCCGUCGUCCACCGAGAUUAUGUUUGUCACGAAUCGCAAGCUGAUUCAAACACGCUUCCACUUCCUGGACGGGCAGUUCCGUGCCCUGAUGUUCGACUCGGCCUCCUCCGCAGCCGAGGUCGUGGACAUGGUCAAGGACCGCAUUGGUCUGGACAAGUCGAACAAGACGUUCGCCCUCUUUGAGUGCUACGGCAAUCUUGAGCGUUACAUGCUCCCCAACGACAACGUUGCCGACGCGCUCUUCAAGUGGGAAAAGUUCUCCAACAAUGCAAAGGAACCGCAAACGCUCAAGCUUGUCUUCAAGCGUCGCAUCUAUCUUGGCCCGUUCCUGCCGGAGGCCAACAAGGUGGAACGCAACCUUGUCUUCUUCCAAGCUGUCGACGCUGUCGCCCACGACCGCCAUCCCAUCACGUUCGAAGAAGGCAUCCAGCUCGCCGCACUGCGCGCGCAGGUCCUCAUUGGCGACCACUCUCAGUUGAACAUGGGCAAGGGACUUUACGACAACAUUAUUGAGCGGUAUUUGCCCGAUUGGAUGAAGGAAAACUUGUCCCUCGCCGAUCUCAUUGCAGCCCGUCACGAGAAACUCAAGGGUUACAACGAGGACCGCUGCAACACCCUCUUCCUUGAUAUUGUCAAGGAGUGGUCUCUCUAUGGCUCUCGCAUCUAUGAUGUGAUGCAAAUGUACUCGUCUGAUUUGCCGCAAACCAUGUGGCUUGCCAUCAACGAGUGGGGUCUGCACAUUCUCAAGCCAGGCGAGAAGACUCCAAUCAUUUCGCAUUCGUUCGACAGUGUGAUCAACUACAGUCCCUCCGUCCGCAACCUCAUGAUUGUUGUCGAGAGCUUGACGCGUGGCACGAAAUACGUGUUUAGCACGCCCGAAGCCUACCAAAUUGCGCACUUGAUUCGCGACUACACGUACAUCCUGUUCGAGCGCGCCAAGUCGGGCUACAAGCCCGCGUCCGUUGCGCUGGACACUACUGCUGCUGCCGCCGCUCCAGCGCCAGCUGCUUCUGCUCUUGCCCCACCGGCGGCUGAUGCGCCUGCCAAACCGCCAAACACUCGUCAAGUUUCUUUCAGCGAGCCCAAGCCGGCAAAGGCCGAGCCCAAGGAGUCGGAACCGAUUGCCGAAUCUGAGGAAAAGGCAGCCGACUGACGGAACGUGUGACGACGACUACUACUACCACUACUACUACCACUACUACUACUACUACUACUACUACUUUCUGACUAGUUUCUGUUGUUUUUGAAGGGGGGGGGAAAGCUGUUUGGUUUUUUUUUCUGCCUCGGUCUUGUUUUGUUUUGCCUUGAUUGAUUUUUUUUUUUCGCGGUUUGUUUUGUCUUUCCUUUUUGUGAAUUUUGCUGUGUGUAUGCUCUGGUGGCGUUCCGCUCUCUCUCUCUCUCGCUGUCUUUCUCUUUCUCUCUUUUGCCAAAACUUUCGCUUGAUGCGAGCAUUGCGUUGUAUGAUUUGAACAGGAUUUUAAUGAACAAAGAAAUUGCAAAAAAC